UUGAGCUUAUAAAAUCGAACUAUAUAUUUUUUCGACUCUUUUUUUUUGUAAAGCACAAUGUCAAGCGAAUUAAAGGACAUUGUAUUGGAAAAGGAUGCGUUUGAAGAAACGGAAAUAGCUGUGAGCGAAGAACAGCAACAACCCGAUAGACCAGAUUUAGUAGAGAUUGGGACUUUCUUUGAUUCGAUAGCGAUUCCUGAUUCGUUAACCCAUAUUGCGGAAACCAACCAAAUAAGUCAGCCUUGGGAAGAGUUAGCUAGAUUGUUGGAGAGUUUACUGGAUGAGCAAUUUACAGCCAUGAAGGAUAAAGUGCAAGACGAAGAGACGCAAAAGGUGAUUGAGGGCUUAUGCAGCAAGAUUACACAUCAUGUUCAUGAACAUGCAAAUUGCCCUUUCACGAUCCAACGUCUAUGUGAACUAAUCAUCCAGCCCAAGAAAUACUAUAAAAUGUACAUCAAGUAUUUACGUGCAGUGGACAAGGUACUUUCUGUGACGUCGUAUUGGCAGGAUUUCCCUAGCACGGAAGAGAAAGAUGGAGCAACGUUUGGCGUAGAAUUAGAGGCACAUUCAUUUAAAGAUGCAACUUGAUUAAAAUAAAGUAUAUAUACAUACAUGUAUUUCGCUUUGAUUAAAAUGACAGCAUUAUUUGGGUAGAUCUGUCAUGCAAUUCCAAAAAAAGCCGAUAACAAAAGGGCAUAAAAACACGUUUUUUUCGGUUUUGUUGUCUAAAAACUUA